AUGGAUUUUUCAUUUGGCUCAAAAAUUGCUGAAAACUAUUUCAAAAUCUAUAUGAUGGUGAAUUUCAGAAGUAUUCGAACUAAAUCAAUUGACAUGAGACCAAUAUCGAUACCUCCACCUUCAAUAAAAUAUAAUGAGCAAUCGGCCUUAGAAAUUUGUUGCUAUAUUACUUUGGCUAUUAUAACGGGCAUAGAAGGUUAA